UGCUCCGCGGCCCCUCGCCAUGGCUGCUGCGGAGCUGUACGCGCAGGGCACCCGGGUGUGGAUCCCUGACUGCCUGGAAGUCUGGAAAUCUGCAGAACUAACCAGGGGCUACGAGGAAGGAGACAGCUUCCUCCAUCUCCGCCUGGAAGAUGGCUCGGAAUCGACCUUCCCCCUCGACCCCCGGUGCCCCCAGCUGCCCUUCCUGCGGAACCCCGACUACCUGUCAGGAGAGAACGACCUGGUGGCGCUGAGCUACCUCCACGAGCCGGCCGUGCUGCACACGCUCCGGAGUCGCUUCCUGGAGACCAACACCAUCUACACCUACUGCGGUAUCAUCCUCGUCGCCAUCAACCCUUACAAGCAGCUGCCCAUCUAUGAGGAGCCGGUUAUCUACGCCUACAGCGGCCAGAACAUGAGUGACAUGGACCCCCACAUCUUCGCCGUGGCCGAGGACGCGUACAAGCAGAUGUCCAGGAACAACAAGAACCAGUCACUGAUCAUCAGCGGCGAGUCGGGUGCUGGCAAGACGGCGUCGGCCAAAUAUGCCAUGCGGUACUUUGCCCUGGUCGGGGGAUCCCUGGGUGACUCCAGCAUGGAGGAGAAGGUGCUGGCCUCGAGCCCCAUCAUGGAGGCUUUUGGAAAUGCCAAGACCACCAGGAAUGACAACAGCAGCCGCUUUGGGAAAUACGUGGAAAUCUGCUUCAGCCACGAGUAUCGCAUCGUCGGGGCUGCCAUGAAAACCUACCUGCUGGAGAAAUCCCGCCUCGCCUUCCAGGCGAAAGCCGAGAGGAACUACCACAUCUUCUACCAGCUGUGCGCGUCGGCCGCGCUGCCGGAGUUCCAAGGCUUGGGCCUCGGUGGGGCUGAAUCCUUCCAUUACACCAACCAGGGGCAGUGCACGCACCUUGAGGCGACGGAUGAUGCCGCUGACCUGGAGAGCACACGAAACGCCUUCUCGCUGCUGGGGGUCCAUGAGUCAAGCCAGCUGGAACUGUUCAGCCUCCUGGCCUCUAUCCUGCACCUGGGCAACAUCCGGCUCCGAGCGAAGGACCGGCACGGGGAGAGCUGCUUCGCUGAGCCAGACGACGCAGCCCUGGGCCUGUUCUGCACACUGCUGGGCGUGGAGAAGUCCCAGGUCUCGCGCUGGCUCUGCUACCGCAAGCUGGUCACGGCCAGCGAGACCUAUGUGAAGCCCAUGUCCAGGCAGCAGGCCCUGAACUCCCGCGAUGCCCUCGCCAAGCACAUCUAUGGACAGCUCUUCAAGUGGAUCGUGGGCAGGAUCAACAAAGCCCUGCGGGCAUCCUGCAGGCAGCAGGCCUCCAUCGGCAUCCUGGACAUCUACGGGUUCGAGACGUUCACAGUCAACAGCUUCGAGCAGUUCUGCAUCAACUACGCCAACGAGAAGCUGCAGCAGCACUUCAACCUGCACGUCUUUAAGCUGGAGCAGGAGGAAUACAUGAAGGAGGAGAUCCCCUGGACCUUCAUCGACUUCUGCGACAACCAGCCUUGCAUCGACCUCAUCGAGGCCAAGCUGGGCAUUCUGGACCUGCUGAAUGAGGAGUGCAAGAUGCCCAAGGGCAGCGACGCGAGCUGGGCUCAGAAGCUCUACGACAAGCACCUUCACAACAGCCCCCACUUCCAGAAGCCCAAGAUGUCCACAGAGGCCUUCAUUGUCCGCCACUUCGCGGGCAAGGUGGAGUAUCAGUGCAGCGGGUUCCUGGAGAAGAACCAAGACACUGUCCAUGCAGAGCUGAUCGGGCUCCUCCGAGCCAGCAAGAAGUCUGCGCUGCUGGCCGAGCUCUUCCCGGAGGAGGGGGACGGCAGCAUCGCCCUGCCCUCCCGCAGGUCGCACGGCUCCAGGGUGACCGUCCGGCCCGGCAGGAGGUCUCUGCCAGCUACAGACAAGGAGCACAGGAAACCCAUCUCCACCCAGUUCAAGGCGUCGCUGCACAAGCUCAUGGAGACCCUAAGCAGCACCGCGCCCCACUACGUGCGCUGCAUCAAACCCAACGACCGCAAGCGGCCCUUCGAGUUUGAUGCCAAGCGAGCAGUCGAGCAGCUGAGAGCCUGUGGGGUCCUGGAAACCAUUCAGAUCAGCGCCUCCGGCUACCCAUCCAGGUGGACGUACGUGGAGUUCUUUAGCAGGUACAGGGCUCUGAUGCGCCCAGAGGAGCUGAUGGGCGGUGAUGAGAGGCAGACCUGCCGGCUUGUCCUCGAGAGGCUGCUGAAGGACCCUGGCAAAUACCAGUGCGGGAAGGGCAAGAUCUUCUUCCGUGCUGGCCAGGUGGCCUUCCUGGAGGAGCUGCGAAGCAGGAGGCUGAGAGCAGCCUGUGUCGUCCUUCAGAAGAGCCUUCGGUGCUGGUUGGGGAGGAGACACUUCUUGCGUAUGCGAGCUGCAGCCAUCUGCCUCCAGCGCUUUUCCCGGGGCUUCCUGGCCCGGAGGCUCGCCAGGCACCUGAGGAGGAGCAGCGCCGCUCUCACCCUGCAGAAGAACUUCAAGAUGGCCCUGGCCAGGCGCUCGUACCUCCGCACCCAGGCAGCAGCGGUCACCAUCCAGGCCUUCGCCCGCGGCAUGUUCGCCAGGCGCCUGCACCGCCAGAUGGUGGCAAGCCAGAAAGCUGUGGUGAUCCAGAGCGCGGCGAGGGGCUGGCUGGCUCGCACCAAGUACCUUCGGGUGUGCAGAGCGGUGGUCUAUCUGCAGUGCUGCUACCGGCGCAUGCGGGCUCGCAGGGAGCUGAGGCGGCUCCGGAUCGAGGCCAAGUCGGUGGAGCACUACAAACAGCUCAACAAAGGCAUGGAGAUCAAAGUGAUGCAGCUGCAGUGCAAAGUGGAUGAGCAGGCCAGGGAGAAGCGGAGCCUCUCGGAGCAGCUGUCGGCACUGAGAGCCUCCCACAGCGAGGAGGUGGAGCGGCUGCGCAGUGAGCUGCGGGGGCUGCGGGAGGACAAGGCGCAGGAGAAGCGCAUCCGGGAGCUGCAGGAGCAGCUGCAGCGCGUGGAGUCGGAGAAGAGCAGCUCGGAAGGCCGGCUGGGCCAGGAGAUGGAGGAGCUGAAACAGCGCCUGACUGAGCUGGAAGCCAUGAAAUCCAACCUGAAGGAAGAGAAGGACGCUCUCAACCAGCGGAUCAUGGAGCAGUCGCAGGAGCUGGAAGACCAGCUGCUCCGGCGCGUGGCGGCGGAGAGCCAGGAGCUGCUGUGCCAGCUGGAGGGGGAGAGGGCUCGCUACCAGAACCUGGUGAAGGAGUGCGCCCGCCUGGAGCAGUGCUGCGAGAACCUGCAGGAUGAGGUGGCCUUCCACAAGCAGAACCUUGCGGAGAUCCUGGGGUUGAACAGGAGCCCGGAGAAGAUGGUGGAGGAAGACUCCAUGAUGGAGGAAGACUUGAAAUAUGCGUAUGAUGCUGUCCGGGUCUCCAAUAAGCUACUCGAGAGCCAGCUGCAGGAGCAGCAGCAGCAGCACGAGCAGGAGCUGGAAGGUCUCCGCCUGGACGUCUGCUCCCUGAAGCAGCUGAGCAAGCAGCAGCAGAGCCUGAUCCAGGACCUGCAACUGCAGCAGGAGGAGGGCGGGUUCCAGCACCAGAUCGUCCAGCUGAAGAGAGAGAACCUGGAUCUGGAGGGGCAGCUGGAGAGGCAGGAGAAGAACAUGCUCAAGCUUCAGAAGCAGCUGAAAACCUCCAUGAAGCAAAUCCAGGAUCUCACAGCAAAUGGAGAGGCCCGGUUGCUGGAGCAGAAGGUGAAGGUGGAAGAGAUGGAAAGGCCCCUCGAUGUCCCGUGCCCAGCUGGGGCAUUCGGGGGCAUGCUGGGGUGCAAAGCAGAGGAUGAAGGGCGCCUCAUCAGGACCAUCAUCACAGAUUUCAAACCGCAGCACAGCCCCGGCGCCCUCCCCGCGCUGCCGGCCUACAUCCUGUUCAUGUGCUUCCGGCACGCGGACUCCGGCCACGAGGAGCACCGGAUCCGCUCGCUCUUCGCUGCCGCCGUCAGCGGCAUCAAGCGGGUGGUGAAGAAGCACAGCGAGGACUUGGGCGUGGUGGCUCUCUGGCUCGCCAACACCUGCUGCCUCAUCAACUGCCUGAGACAGUACGGCGGGGACCAGAGCUACCGGCUGGCCAACACCCCCAAGCAGAACCAGCACUGCUUGAGAAACUUCGACCUGGCCAGCCACUGCCAGAGCCUGGGUGACCUGGCCAUUCAGAUAUACCAGCAGCUGAUCCGCGUGGCACAGAAGAAACUGAAGCCCAUGAUUGUCGCCGCCAUGCUGGAGAGCGAGACCAUCCAGGGCUUGUCGGCCAGGCCCCCCGGUUACCGCAAGCAGCCGCCGGCUCCCGCCUACACGCUGGACUCGCUCCUCCAGCAGCUCAGCUCCUUCCACGAGGCGCUGGGGAGGCACCAGCUGGAGCCCGUGAUCGUGGGCCAGGCCUUCCGGCAGCUCCUCUUCACCAUCAGCGGCGUGGCCCUCAACUACCUGCUCCUGAGGAGGGACGCCUGUUCCUGGAGCCAGGGCGUCCAGCUCAGGUACAACGUGAGUCAGCUGGAGGAGUGGCUGCGGGCCAAGGACCUCCAGCAGAGCGGCGCCAUGGAGGUCCUGCAGCCCCUCAUCCAGGCCGCCCAGCUGCUGCAGGUGAAGAAGACGACGCAGGAAGAUGCUGAGGCCAUCUGCUGCCUGUGCACGGCGCUGACCACUCCGCAGGUCAUGAAGAUCCUGCGGGCCUACACGCCCGCCGCCGGGCUGGAGGAGCGCGUCAGCCCCAGCUUCAUAAGCAGCGUAGAGAACCGGCUGGCGGAGCGAGCUCCAGCUGGCCCCUGCCAGCUGCUGGUGGACACGGCUCACCUGUUCCCCGUGCACCUGCCCUUCUCCUGCUCUCCCGUGCAGCUGGAUGAGCUCUGCAUCCCUGACAGCAUUAACCUGACGUUCCUGACCUGGGUCUGAGCGCCGCGGCGGCGAUGCUCCUGGGGAAGAUGCGGUCUCACAACCGUGCUGCAGGGUACUGGCUGCCGUGCCCUAGAAACGCCCUUUUCCUUGGAAAGGAGCCAGUGGCUCAGGCUGAAAUUUCAGGGUGCUGGCAUGAGGCUACAGCUCCAAAGGGCUCCAGAAACAGCCCCUUCUAAAAUUCAAAACUCCAGCAGGUAUUUCCUCUCGGAAACGUCUGCUUGCCCAGCUCUGCCGCAUGCCCGGCACAUCCCUCCCCGCUCCGAGCCCAAGGGCUUUUUGCAACGGGCCCUCGGGGAAUGCUGUGCAUGGGGGUAAUGGUGCCUCCCUCACGCGCCCGGGUCUGCACGCCAUAGCUGAGCGGGGCAAUGUGGGGUGCCCAUGCUGUGGGCUGCGCGAUCGCUGACUGACCCACCUCCUCUGGAACUGCAGUGCUCCCUGGCGGUGUGUGGGGGGUGGGUUUACAGCACUUGGGGCAGCAUGUGAGCACUUGGGAGCAGGUUUAAAAGCAUGUCCUGAGUGUGGCUGGCUGGGCAGGGAGUCCCCACUGCUGCUGAGUGAGGAAGCAGCUGCCAGGUGGAGCCAGGUUAGGGGGCUUGUCUCCCUUGCUGCAGGCGGCUGCUCUUGACCCAGUACCCACUGGGCAUCCGUGGGUGUCUCUGGGGGGUGCUGUUCCUGCCCCCUCAGCUGCUAGGGCCUGCGGGCUGCCUGCCCAGCAGCUGGGGGUGGGAGAGGAGCUCUCUUCAUGCGGCCUGUGUUCAGUGAAACGCCUUUUAAAG